AGCCUCAGCAGCAACCGACGGCUGAGCCUCAGCAGCAACCGACGGCUGAGCCUCAGCAGCAACCGACGGCUGAGCCUCAGCAGCAGAAGCAACAGGCCACUAUACCCCAGCAAGUUAGGUAUCCAGCUCAAAUGCCCCAGAAGCAUCUGGCCUCCAUGCCUCUGCCGCAGAAGCAACCGACCGCCGUGCCCCAGCAAGGGUGGCAUCCAGCUCAAAUGCUGCAGACACAACUGACCGCCAUGCCCCUGCAAGCAUGGUAUCCAGCUCAAAAGCCCCAGCUGCAGAAGCAAUUAGCCGCUGAACCUCAGCAGCAAAUUGAACUGACCGCAAUGCCCCAGCCACCUCAGCAAGUGUGGCAUCCAGAUCAAUUUCCCCAGCAGCAAAAGCAACCAGCUACUGAACCUCAGCAGCAGAAGGAACCGGCCGCCGUAACUCAGCAAGUGUUGCAUCCAGCUCAAAUGCUGCUGAAGCAACUGACUGCCAUGCACCAGUAUGUGUGGUAUCCAGCUCAAAAGCCCCAGAAUCAACCAGUCCCUAUGCGUCAACCGCAGAAGGAACUGACCGCCAUUCCACCACAACUGUGGCAAUCGGCUCAAAUGCCCCAGCAGCAUAAGCAACCGGCUGCCACGCUUCAGCAAGUGUGGCAAGCGGCCCCCAUGCCCCAGCAGCCUCAUGAUGUGUGGUAUCCAGCUAAAAUGGUCCAGAAGCAACAAGCCUCUGCAACUCGGCGGCAGAAGGAAAUGACCGCCAUGCCUCAGCAAGAGUGGCAUCCAGCUCAAAUGCCCCAGAAGCAAUCACCCACUGAACCUCGGCAGCAGAAGCAAUCGACCACCUUGGCCCAGGAAGUGUGGACUCCAGCUAAAUUUCCCCAGAAGCAACCAGCCCCAAUGCCUUUACCGCAGAAGGAACUGACCGCCAUACCCCAGCAACCUCAGCAAGUGUGGUAUUCAGCUCAAAUGCCUCAGCAGCAACCGACUGCUGAGCCUCAGCAGCAACCGACUGCUGAGCCUCAGCAGCAACCGACUGCUGAGCCUCAGCAGCAGAAGCAACAGGCCACUAUACCCCAGCAAGUUAGGUAUCCAGCUCAAAUGCCCCAGAAGCAUCUGGCCUCCAUGCCUCUGCCGCAGAAGCAACCGACCGCCGUGCCCCAGCAAGGGUGGCAUCCAGCUCAAAUGCUGCAGACACAACUGACCUCCAUGCCCGAGCUAACGUGGUAUCGAGCUCAAAUGCUCCAGCAGCAGAAACAACUGGCCACCAUGCUGCAGAAUCAACCAGCCCCAAUGCAUCUGCCGCAGAAGCAACCGGCCACCAUGCCGCCGCAAGUGUUGCAUCCAGCUCAAAUGCUGCAGAAGCAACAUACUGCCAUGCCCCAGCAAGCAUGGUAUCCAGCUCAAAAGCCCCAGCUGCAGAAGCAAUCGGCCGCUGAACCUCAGCAGCAAAUUGAACUGACCGCAAUGCCCCAGCCACCUCAGCAAGUGUGGCAUCCAGAUCAAUUUCCCCCGGAGCAGAAGCAACCAGCCCCUAUGCAUCUACCGCAGAAGGAACUGACCGCCAUACCCCAACUGUGGCAAACAACUCAAAUUCCCCAGCAGCAUAAGCAACCGGCUGCCAUGCUUCAGCAAGUGUGGCAUCUGGCGCAGAAGCAACCGGCCCCUAUGCCCCAGCAGCCUCACGACGUGUGGUAUCCAGCUAAAAUGGUCCAGAAGCAACAAGUCGCUGCACUGACCGCCAUGCCGCAGGCACAUCAGAAAGUGUGGCAUCCAGUUCAAAUGCCUCAGCAGCAGAAGCAACCAGCUACUGAACCUCAGCAGCAAAUUGAACUGACCGCCAUGCUUCAGACACAUCAGCAAGUGUGGCAUCCAGCUCAAUUUCCCCAGCAGCAGAAGCAACCGGCCUCCAUGCCUCUUCCGCAGGAGAAACCGACCGCCAUACCCAAGCAAGUGUGGUAUCCAGCUCAAAUGUCCCAGCAGCAACUGGCCUCCAUGCCUCUACCGCAGAAGCAACUGACCCCCGUGCCUCAGCAAUUAUGGCAUGUAGCUCAAAUGCCCCAGAAGCAACUUGCCCCAAUGUCUCAGCAGAAGCACUACGAAAGCACUGAAGAUGGUGUCUCUGGUAGCUCUCAGGCCAGCAUUGUUGAACAGUUGGGUGUCAUCCCAAUCUAUUCCUACAGUUCCAAAUCGCACUACGAGAAGGGCAGAACUGUCUUCUCCCAAACCCGCUACACUCCUAGGGAGGCUAUGCCUGUUGACAGUGGAAAUGCUCCCAAGGACAGUUAUGUUGGCAUUGGUGCACCAAGCAUGCAUCCACCACUAGUGAAGGAUUCUGCAAGGGAAAUGUAACGGAGUCAUCCUCUA